UACUGAUAGACCAAUAGCAGUAGUGGAAAACAAAGUGUAGUCGAAUGGCUUUAAGGUGGAGGAGAGUAAUUUUGGAGAAGAGAAUUAACAAAUUACAGGGACCAGAGAGACCCAUAGAAAAUGACCAGAGAGUAGAAAGAGAAACUGAGACAGAGAAAUAAUAAAGACAGCAUCUUGAGAGAUUUUGGUUACUGUAAUUUUCUGGGUCUUACGUUUGAUUUUUGUCUGAAAAGUUGCAAAAAUUCACCUUAUUUUCAACAAGUGUUUGUGUCUGAAAAGUGUUGCCAAGAAAAACAGCGGUUUUUGUGUGACUCUUUGGUAAGAAAAGCAAGCAGUUUUGUAACUGAAACAAGCUGAUAAAAUAAAUAAAAAGCCCAGCCCCACCCACUUCACUACUGCUUCUUCUGCUGAUUCUCAAUUCAAUGCUCACAUAACAUAACCGUCACCUUCCUCUACUUUUCUUCUGCUUCUUUAACCAUUCAUGGGUUAGCUUUUUUUCUUAUAUUUACUCUCACUUGCCUUCUGUUUCUGUAAUUUUUCUCUUUGUUUUUCCUCUGCUGCCAACUUUUGGUUUUGUGUGGAUGGCUUCUCAUGGUGAAAGAGGAAGAGAUGAUCUGUAUAGAGAGUUAUGGAAGGCUUGUGCUGGCCCUUUGGUGGAGAUACCAAGAGCUGGAGAGAAAGUUUUUUACUUUCCUCAAGGUCAUAUGGAACAGCUGGAAGCUUCAACUAAUCAAGAACUGACUCAAGAAAUCCCUAGGUUUAAUCUUCCUUCUAAGAUCCUUUGCCAUGUUGUUCACAUUCAACCUUUGGCGGAACAAGAGACGGACGAGGUUUAUGCUCAGAUCACCUUGCAGCCAGAAUCGGAUCAAACGGAGCCUACAAGUCCUGACCUAUGUACGCCCAAACAGCAAAAGACCACGGUUCAUUCCUUUUGCAAAAUUCUAACAGCUUCGGAUACUAGUACUCAUGGAGGUUUCUCUGUUCUCAGAAAGCACGCGACAGAAUGCUUGCCUCCGUUGGACAUGAACCAAUCAACUCCCACUCAAGAACUGGUUGCCAAGGAUCUUCAUGGGUAUGAGUGGCGAUUUAAGCACAUUUUUAGAGGACAACCGCGAAGACAUUUGCUUACAACAGGGUGGAGCACAUUUGUCACUUCAAAGAGAUUGGUUGCCGGAGAUGCGUUUGUGUUUCUGAGGAGUGAUAAUGGAGAGUUACGAGUUGGGAUUCGACGUCUUGCUCGGCAGCAGAGCCCCAUGCCUUCAUCUGUCAUAUCUAGUCAAAGUAUGCAUUUAGGAGUUCUUGCAACCGCCUCUCAUGCUGUUACAACACAGACCCUAUUUGUUGUAUACUACAAGCCAAGGACAAGCCAGUUUAUUAUCGGAUUGAACAAAUAUCUGGAGGCUGUUAAAUAUGGAUUUUCUCUUGGCAUGCGCUUCAAGAUGAAAUUCGAAGGGGAAGAUUCUCCUGAGAGGAGAUUCACAGGAACUAUAGUUGGAGCGGGAGAUAUUUCUCCAGAGUGGUCAGGCUCUACAUGGCGUUCAUUAAAGGUACAAUGGGAUGAACCGGCAACCAUUCAAAGGCCAGAAAGAGUUUCUCCGUGGGAGAUAGAGCCUUUUGCAGCUUCAGCUGCUGUAAUUCUUCCUCAAACAGUGGGAAAGAUUAAAAGGCCGAGACCUGUGGAUACUUCUACUUCAGAAAUCACGACCAACUCAGCUGCAUCACCUUUCUGGUACCCUGGAUCGACCCAAUCCCAUGAGUUAAAUCAACUAGGUGGUGCUGCUGAAGUUCAAAGUUCUGAUAGCCAAGUUGUGUGGUCUAUGAGGCAGAAGGAAAUAGAUAGCAAUCUUAUAAGUGGCAACAGCUUCUGUGGCUCAAAGGUCCGACCAGAGGACAUUUGGACUUCUUCUCCUCGCAUGAACAUAUCUCUCGGCCUCUUCUCUGAUUCCGCUGAUGACAGAAGAACUAUAACAUCAAAGUCUUUUAUUUCUGGUUAUGCCUCUCCUAUCCCUUCUAGGCAAAGCAAUGGCCUAUUGCAUGACCAGAUCGAGAAUGGGAAAAAAUGUGAAAAUUCAGCAGGCUGCCGUUUGUUUGGAAUUAAUUUAACAGGCAAUUCAAGUGAUGCUGGUCCUCCUCAGGACAGGGACGCAUUGCUUCUAAACAUAGACUCUAAUGGCACCAGAGGGUCUCCUCUAGCUGUAGGCGGUUCUGAUGAGGUUCAAAAAAUGGAUGCCUCAAAGGUGGCUUCAAAGGAGCAGAAGGAAGUUGCAUCAGAAGUGAUGCCAAAGGAGACGCAUAGCAAGCUCGGUUCCACUUAUUCUACAAGAACUCGUACCAAGGUGCAAAUGCAAGGAGUAGCUGUUGGCCGUGCUGUUGAUCUAUCAGCAUUGAAAGGGUAUGCGGAUCUUAUCAAAGAGCUAGAGGAAAUGUUUGAAAUCAAAGGAGAGCUUUCAACUCGUGAUAAAUGGGCUGUUGUCUUUACUGACGACGAGGGGGAUGUGAUGCUCGUGGGCGAUGAUCCAUGGCAGGAGUUCUGUAAGAUGGUUAGGAAAAUCAUAAUAUAUUCAAGCGAGGAAGUGAAGAAUAUGAGAACAAAAUGCAAGCUUCUCACGUCAUCGUUAGAGGGUUCAGGAACGAUCGCAAGCUUGGACUCCGAGCAUAGGUCUGAUACAUGACAGUUCAAAAACACUUGUGGUUCAAUAUGGUCAUUUUAUUUUAAUUUAGUUUUUUUCUUUUUUAGUUCUCUUUAGGAUUUCAGUUUGCUCAAUUUUUGUUGAGCUUGCAGUAGGACAAGUAUGAUGGGUUGUUUGACUAAGGAUUGUAGUGAAAACAAGGGAACUUAGAGAGGUUGAGGGUUAGAAAUGAAUGUGAAUACCUUGUCUAUGGGUUGGUAACUUGGUAUGAAAUUAAAUAUUUAAUCACUCUGUAAAAAAUUAAAAUAUAUAUAUAAGCUUUGUGUUUUGGUCUA